CCCAAAGAUCCCCCAAUCCACGCUUUCUUUAAACAGGGCUUUGAUUCUCUUUCUUUUAAACUUUUUAUAUUCUUCCUUCUCUACCAAAGUUUCCAUUACAUCUGAACGGUUGUGAAUAGAUUGUGAUCCCACAGAUAUCAGUCUCAGGGCUUUGGAGGCUCAAACAUAUUCUUUGUCUCUACUCUGUCUUGUUUUACUUUGGUUGGGCAAUUUUCUGUCAUCGUCUGAAUAAGUUAAGGAUUUGGAUUUUGGAUUCAUUGUUGUUGCAGAAAAGCACUGAAAGAGAGAUGGAUAUCAUUAAACAUUUUCUCCAUAGACAUCCCCUCUCGUUCAUCGACAAGGGAAACGAAGAGCUUUUCUGCAGUCGAUGUCUGAAACACUUAUCUGGCCCGACGUAUGGUUGCAGCAGGUGUAAGUUUUUCAUCCAUGAUCACUGUGCUGAGCUUCCACCCAAGACUGAACAUUUCUUGCACCCAUGCCCUCUUGUCCUCAAGGUUUUACCGCUUCCCGUUGUCUAUAAUUGUAAUUUAUGCAUCGAACCUGGCGCUGGUUCUAGCUAUCGCUGCGAGGAAUGUAAAUUUGAUAUGCAUGUUGAAUGUGCCCUAAAGCCCGCUAUGAAAUCAGAGGGUGAGGAGCUUAUCCAGCACUUCACUCACUGGCAUCCUUUACAACUUGUUCUUGAGAAAAACAAGGAAGAAGAUCAAGUUUGUUGUUUCAUUUGUCAAAAGCUGUGCUCUGGUUCUGCAACUGCUUAUGGCUGCAAGCAAUGUGAAUUUUUCCUCCAUAACUCUUGCAUGACCAGCAUUCCACGAAAGAUCAAUCAUUUCUUCCACCCAUGCCCUCUCAUUUUGCUCACAAGUCCAUUCAUUUACACGUGUGGGGGUUGUGAUGAACGUGGCUCAUUCUUGGCAUUCAGCUGCGGAAGGUGUUGUUUUCAACUAGACGUCAAAUGCGCCUUACUUCCCACUGUAAAAUCUGAAGAUGCCAAGCAGAUUCAACAUUUUAGUCACCAGCAUCCACUGGCACUCCGUGAAAAUAUAAAUGGCAGUGAAGUUCGAUGCAGAGCAUGUGAGGAAAUUUGUUCAGGUCCUACGUAUACUUUUGGUUGUAGCAGAUGCAGCUUCUUUUUUCACAGAUCCUGUGCUGUUGAAUUACCACAACAGAUCCAUCAUCCCUUUCAUUCCCAACACCCUAUCACCCUCUCAUCCUUUCCACUCAAAAAUUUUCAGUAUUAUUGUGCGGCAUGCGGAUUGGAUGUCAGGUCUCUGCUAGCCUAUCGCUGUGACAAAUGUGAAUUUACCCUUCAUAAGGACUGUGCGAAGCUCACACCCUCCUUUAAGUAUGGACCUCACCCACACCUUCUCACUCUCAUUGAUAAAACAGAUGGAAUUUACUGCGACAUUUGUCGUAAGAAAGCCAACAACUUCUGCCUUCGAUGUGUGGCAUGUAGGUUUAGCAUCCAUCUCUACUGCCAUCUCUCAGUGCCAAAAACAAUAAACCAUAAAUGCCACAUACAUCCUUUAACUCUCACAGAAUCUCCUUUUGAAUUUGAAUUGAAUUCACCAAAAGAUGCAUAUAACAUGGAUGACGAGUUUUAUUGUGACGUCUGUGAGGAAAAAAGAGACAAAUACAAUCAAGUUUAUUAUUGUGUAACAUGCAAAUUUAUUGCUGAAACGGGCUGUGUCAUCUCCCUGCUGUUAUCAUUCUUAACUAAUUCAGAUGAGCAGAGUACAACGAGCAGCAGAAUCAUUUCCACAGAUGAAGACCCCGUGCUUGCAAAGUUAGACGGAGAGAUCACAAAACGUAAAGAAAAGGCAAAGCCUUUAAAAUUAGAAAUUGAGUCCCUAGAAAGAUUAAUUCAGAAACUGCAAGCAAGGUUACAGGAACUUAAAGCAAAACUAGAGCCAAUAACAUGGGGACUAGAUAAACUUGAGGAGGAUCGUUUCCUGUACAUGUAUGAGCUAAAACACAAGAUGAAGGCAGUGUCAGGCGAACAUUUCAAACAUUCGACUGAAGCUUCACCUUGAGUCCAUCUUGAUCAUGGCAGUGUCAGGCGAACAUUUCAAAGGAGAAAUAGUAUUAUGUUUGAAGAUUCAAGAUACAUUAUUGUAGCAUCAUUAAAGUUUUUCUACUGAAUUUGACUUACUGAUGUCCAAAAUCUCAGCUGUUAAUAGCAAUAGAGGUCAUGCGUAUUUUAAAUAAAUCAUAAUAAUGGGAUUUGGAGUUCCUUGCCAGCUCCAUCUUUCCGUAAGACUGUAGUUUUUGAUAAAAUAUACAUUGCUGUUUCUCCUCUCCCAACCCACAAGGGUAUUUGCUUUCAUUUGUCCUUCCUGUUUUGUUAUCUACACCUUUCUAACCAAAUUUGGA